AUGUCUCCUCCCGCUGCCAUGUUCGAGCCCACCGUUGCCCCCACCGGCAUCAAGGGCAAGGUCGUCGUGCCUGAGUCCGCCCCGGUGCAGGUCGAGGGCGUGCCCAAGACCGCGCUGCUGGACCACUUCGGCAACAAGUGGGAUGACUUCAAGUUCGCGCCCAUCCGCGAGAGCCAGGUGUCGCGCGCCAUGACCCGGCGUUACUUCCAGGAUCUGGACAAGUACGCCGAGAGUGACGUCGUCAUCGUCGGCGCCGGAUCCUGCGGUCUGAGCACCGCCUAUGUGCUGGCCAACGCCCGGCCGGACCUGAAGAUUGCCAUCAUCGAGGCCUCCGUGUCGCCUGGUGGUGGUGCCUGGCUCGGCGGCCAGCUGUUCUCGGCGAUGGUCAUGCGUCGUCCCGCCGAGGUGUUCCUGAACGAGCUGGGCGUGCCGUACGAGGAGGACGCCAGCAACCCGAACUACGUGGUGGUCAAGCACGCGUCGCUGUUCACGUCGACGCUGCUGUCCAAGGUGCUGUCGUUCCCCAACGUCAAGCUGUUCAACGCCACCAGCGUCGAGGACCUGGUGACCCGGCCGGCGGCCAGCGGCGACCCCAAGGACACGCGCGUGGCCGGCGUGGUCGUCAACUGGACGCUGGUGACGCUGCACCACGACGACCACUCGUGCAUGGACCCCAACACCAUCAACGCCCCCGUCAUCAUCAGCACGACCGGCCACGACGGCCCCUUCGGCGCCUUCUGCGCCAAGCGCCUCGUCAGCAUGGCCGCCGUCGACCGCCUGGGCGGCAUGCGCGGCCUCGACAUGAACUCCGCCGAGGAUGCCAUCGUCAAGAACACCCGCGAGGUCACCCGCGGACUCAUCAUCGGCGGCAUGGAGUUGUCCGAGAUCGACGGCUUCAACCGCAUGGGCCCAACCUUUGGGGCGAUGGUGCUCAGCGGUGUCAAGGCGGCCGAAGAGGCGCUUAAGGUGUUUGACGAGCGCCAGCGUGAGUGCGCUGAGUGA